AUGCAGCUUCAAAACUCUCGCAGUAAUCUUUAUACAACCCCUACUUCAGCUCGUUCCUCCACUCGCUCUCUCGCCUUCUUUUCGCUUCUCUUAGUUGUACUUGUUUUCCCGCACGUUGUUGCAUCGGCAGACACCUGCGAACGAACAUUUGUUACUUCUAAAUGUUCGCAAUGCGAGAACGCCAUCUUCUCCAUAGAUGAUACUUUACAAUCCAUUUGCCCUCCUCCACCAGCUCCCGAUGCUAUAGUUAAUUCCUAUUCUCCAGCUGGGAUAAACACUACGGAACUGGACAAUUUUUGUUUAAACAUGAAUGACUGUAACGAAACAAAGUAUAUCGAAUUUUACAAGCAGCUUGAACAAAUUUGUGAAGAUGAGCUAAACGGUGACGUGAACAUGUUCUCAGGCCUUUUGUCAAUAAUAAGCGAUGGGUUUUGGAAUGCCUAUUUUAUGGUACCGAGGCGGCAUAGUGUCUGUUUGAAAGAUAGUAAUGGAGACUAUUGCACGUCAGAUCAACUUACCACUGCCUGGUCUGUUGUCGGAGAUCGCAACGGCAAUGCAUCAACUCUUUACGUCUUUGCUCAGAUUCCACCCUUGGGUACGAUCACAUAUGGCACGAACUACCAUGAUCGUCGGGAUAUUCCCUUCCCCCAAGAUACAAUAUGUGGAGAUUGUUUUGCGCGCGCAGUUAGCAUAUUCGAGAAUUAUACCAAUUCCCAUAACGUUUCCAGUUCACAAGUACAGAGUCUGUUAUUGGACGACGUUUCUAGUGGGAGGCAAGCCAUUGAUGAUAGCUGUUCAAAUUUGAAGACGAAAAAGAGAUAUUGGAAUGAAGAAUACAGUAUGGCAAAUGCCGGAAUGCGUGGCGUGAAGGCGUAUGACGUUAUGAUGUGGUGGAAACUGCUGGUAGAUGAAGCGCUGGUAGAUGAAGUAGAUGAAGUCGGCUUGCUGCUGUUGGCUGCUGGUGUGCUAGCUGGCGGAGAUGGAGUAGACGAACCAGCAGGCGUCGUAGUGGCACCAUUGGGAGUUGUAGUAGCGCCGUCCGUAGGUGUAGUAGCGCCGUCCGUAGGUGUAGUAGCGCCGUCCGUAGGUGUAGUAGCGCCGUCCGUAGGUGUAGUAGCGCCAACCGUAGAUGUAGUAGCGCCAUAA